AUGGACGUAGUUGAGACUUGUGGAGAAGGAAUUCUUUCUUCGGCAGGGCCUUCCGUCCAAUGUAGCUUGCCAUCAAUCGAUGAGGAAGUUGUGGGCUUUGAGAAAGAUGCAGAAAGUAUAAUGAAGAAAUUGAUUGGAGGAACAAAGGAGCUGGACGUUAUCUCAAUCUUUGGAAUGCCAGGAUUGGGUAAAACAACCUUGGCCAGGAAAGUGUAUAACAAUCCUUCUAUUGUUAAUCACUUUGAUGCUAGAGUAUGGUGCUCUGUUUCGCAAACAUAUAUAGAGAGGACAUUGUUGAUUGAGAUUCUUAAACAAGCUACAGGUGGCAACUAUGAAAUCAAAGAGGACGAUGACAUAGCUGACAAGUUGCGGAAGACUCUAAUAGGCAGGAGAUACCUCAUCGUAUUAGAUGAUAUAUGGGAAGUCGAGGCAUGGGAAGAUUUGGGAUUAUGUUUCCCUAAGGGUGAAGAUGGAAGUAGAGUGAUGGUUACAACUCGAAUUGAACAAGUGGCUAAGCAUCUUCAACAUCGCAGUGAUCCUUAUUCUCUUAGAUUUCUAACAUUGGAAGAGAGUUGGGAAUUAUUGAUUAAGAAAGUAUUUCAAGGAGAGAGUUGUCCACCCAAUCUAUUGGAAGCAAGUUUACAAGUUGCGGAACAUUGUAAGGGAUUGCCUCUUGUAAUAGUCUUGAUUGCCGGGAUUAUUGUGAAGAUGGAAAGGCAGGAGUCCUUGUGGCUUGAGGUUGCAAAUGACUUGAGUUCUCAUGCUUUAGGAGAGCAGAGCAUGAAG